AUGAACGUCUUCAACCUAAUAUCUGAGGGCGGAUUACGCCCAGUUAACGAAUGUGUAAAAGGAAAUCGUGAUGUCAUAGAGUCGCGAUGUCACGACGGAAAGACACCGCUCAUAUAUGCCGUCUGUGAAGCGAAAGACGACGCUAGAACGCAGAUCGUGCGACUGUUAUUACGUCAAGGAUGUGACGUCAACGCAUCGGACUAUAACGGGCGUACGGCGCUCAUGUUUGCGGCCAUGGACGUCGAUAAAAUCGACAUAGUGCGGCUCCUUGGCCGCUGCAAGUAUUGCGACGCCAACGUUCGCGAUUCGGAGGGCGAAACGGCGAUAAUGCACGCGAUAAUGGGCAACAAUAUACCGGCGUUGAGGUUACUGGUGAACUCAACGUCCAUGAAAAGCCCGGCGGAUCUAGAAUUGCGCAACAGGAACGGUCUCACCGCACUUGAACUGAGCGUCAAACUGCAGAUGGCGGAAUGUUGCAGGAUCCUGGUGAGUGAGGGAGGCGCGAACGCGAAGCAGAUCAAGAACCAGAUCGGCCUGAUGCGACUCAUGGAGGAUGACCACCUCAUUUCGCGAACAAACACUCCGCAUUCUAGAAACGCAUCGCGCCUCCUGAUGAGACAAAAGCUUGGUUCCCCGAUUCCGGAGAAUAAACUUUUUGAAGGACCGUACAUGUCACGUGACAACACGCCUAGUUACCAGGAUGAGUUGAGAGAAGAAUUAACCCCCAGGCAAAGUCUGUUUAGGUCCAACAGCCUUCACCGUUCUCAUAGCAAUCUUUUUAAACGUCGACCGGAAGCCGGUACUCGUCCGUCAAGUUUAAACAGCACAGAUUUAUUCGGGAUUCUCAAUUCGGACAAAAACGAUCUAAAACGGGUUCUUACGCCAAUUUCCGGACGGAAUACGAAUGUUACUCCGGAGACAAGAGACGAACAAACCGAUCUUAACCGAACACGUUUACCCAGCAUCCCUAGUGGCCGGAAGCUUUAUCUUAUACAGCAGCGCAACAAGCUGGAACGUUAG